UUGAGACGGUGAUGUUUGGAAAUGGAGAUGAGCUCAUCUGAGAGUUGUUGAGUUAUUUCUGUCUCGCUGUUGGUAAUUCCGCUGUAAUCGUCGCAUUUGUGACUGGAUUUUAUUUUAAGAGUAAAGAAUUGGGCGCAGACAGAUACAGACGGAUUUUAAGAUGAACCACGUCAACUUUAUUGCGUCGGUGAAAAGUUCCAGGUCACUCGGUAAAUAAGCUGUAGAUGUUACGAUUAUUUCUUGAAGCAAGAAAGAAUCAUCGAAGGCAAGGACACCUUUCCUUCAGCCUCAUCUUUGUAGCAAAUGAACAAAAUGAGUGGCUUGUUAGCUGAACCGUGACAAGCGGAAACCCUUUAUCUUUCUUGUCAACUGCACUGACCAACCUGGCAUGGAGAAGCAGGUGGACAUCACUCACAAUAAGGUGACGACGUCAUCAUUUAAAGAUGAGGGUCUGGAGAGUUCCACACAGGCUGAGAACCAUUCUAAACUGGAGGACCAGGAUUCCUUUAAUCCAACAGAGCCCCCUCCUCUGGACUGGAGGUCUGACUCUUCCAGUGAAGCAUGUUCACUUGGAGAUAUUGAAGAACCUGGAUCUUUCUCCAUGGGCACGCCAUUAGAUGAAUUAAGUGAUUAUGGGGCUCACAACACAAGCUUUACACCAACAGACCUUGAGAAUCUUCCAAAUCAGGAAGCUGAAGAAGAACUCCCAAAUCAAGAAGCUGAAGAUCGCACAAAUAAUACACAGAGAAUGAACAAAUCUACUAUUCCUGAACCAUUGGAGAAGAAUUUAGAGAAGACAAGGCAAAAGCCAACUAAGAACCGUCAACAACAUGACUUGGACCACUCUCACAUUCAGGAUCUGCUUCAUCAGCUUCAGCUCUUUCACCCAACACCUGCUUCUAAAGACCCUUCUCCAGAACCAGAAAGGUCAACUCUCAGUGCCGACUGUGUAACCGAGAACCUCUCCUCUUCAUCCUUGGUGCCUGACAUUAGUGCUUCUCAAACAUGCGCGGAGGGAAGCACAGUAUCUGGCCUUCUUUUCACUGUGAGCCAUCAGAAGGAGCUCCUAGAGCUGCUGGAGGACCCAGAACCUCAAGAAGCCCAAGAGUUUCAGGAAUCUCAGGAAGACCGCCCCAUUUUUACAGAACAGACUACUGAGAGCCAUACUGGGAACAUUUCACAGCUGCGUGACUGCCAGACGAGGUACAUAACAAGAAGUGGUGAGGCAGAUGAAAUGGUUUCUGUUUCAUAUGGCUCAGACAUCUGGCAUAGCCCCUUUCAGGAUGAGCUUAUGGUGUCGGUCUACUCGGAGGGCGAAGUCAUGGAACAGUGGCAGCAGUCUAAAUGUGUGUUGUCUGAUGAGUUGGCCUCUCGUAGAGCUGAUAUGGAAGCCGAGUCUGAAGGUCAGGCUUCAUAUAAAGACGUGCCUGGUCCUUGUGAUCCUGAGGAUCUGCUGGAUGGGAUCAUAUUUGGAGCUAAAUACCUUGGUUCCACGCAGAUGCAAACCGAUAGGAACCCCUCCACUAAUGCUCGAAUGGCUCAGGCACAAGAAGCUGUAGAUCGCAUCAAGGCGCCUGAAGGAGAAUCUCAGCCAAUGACCGAGGUGGACCUUUUCAUCUCCACUCAGAGAAUCAAAGUGUUGAAUGCAGAUACCCAGGAAGCUAUGAUGGACCAUCCUCUGCAGAUGAUCUCCUAUAUCGCAGACAUCGGAAGUCUUGUGGUGUUGAUGGUGCGCAGGAAACCAAUAGAUCAUCAAACUGCAGAUUCAGCGGCUUGCUCUUCAUCACCACCUAAGAAAUACUGGAUGAUUUGCCAUGUGUUCUCCUCUGAUGAUGCACAGGUUAUAGCUCAGGCUAUUGGCCAGGCAUUUGGUGUGGCAUAUCAGCAAUUUUUGCAAGCAAAUGGAAUUAAAGCCGACGAAUUCCGACCAGGGGAGUACUGCCUGGGUUCACAGGAACUCUAUAACGGAGAUCUGGUGCACUUUUCACAAUCUGAAAAUAUCAGAGAGAUUUGCAUAAUAAAGAAGGUUGGAGAGAUCCUGGGUAUAGCUGUAGUAGAAUCUGGUUGGGGCUCCAUCCUGCCCACAGUGGUGGUGGCCAACCUGCUGCACGGCGGCGUAGCCGAGCGCUCGGGGGAUCUAAGCAUCGGAGACCGCAUCAUGUCUGUGAACGGGGCCAGCCUGGUGGGCCUUCCCAUCACCACGUGUCACAACAUCAUCAGAGACUUGAAAAACCAGUCCCAGGUGAAGCUCAGCAUAGUCCACUGUCCACCUGUCACCAUGGCCAUUAUUAAGCGACCUGACCCAAAAUACCAGCUGGGCUUCAGUGUAGAGGAUGGAAUUAUUUGCAGUUUAAUGCGCGGAGGCAUCGCAGAGAGGGGCGGCAUUCGGGUUGGUCAUCGCAUUAUUGAAAUCAAUGGGCAGAGUGUGGUAGCCACGCCACAUGAGAAAAUCAUCCAGAUCCUCACAAAUGCUGUCGGAGAGAUUCAUUUGAAGACGAUGCCAUCAUCCACCUAUCGUCUCCUAACCGGACAAGAGCAGCCCCUGUUCCUCUGAAAAAGACGAAUCAUGCAAUACCUUAUCAUCGAAUACAGCUUUUCAUUCUAAAUACCCUGACAGAGUGACGAGCAGUGACUCUUUUUGGUAUUAACUGUCACUCCAUACACUUCAUCUGGAUCUUACAAAUCACUGCUGAAAACAUGGAGCACUAUUUUACAGUUUGUCAAGCUUAAAGCAGGAAGUUCAGAAAUGAUUAGGAUUUGCACAGCAUGCACAUUUGUAUUCCAUUGUGCCUUUGUGGAGAAAUUUGUGCAGGUGUGUUGUUUUGCAUGAAUGUGUUUCACCAAAAUUUGUACGUUUGAGUAAGUCGGCUUUCCUGAGCCGGUCACCAGCAUCCUCUUUGCUGUAUGGGUGGUAGGUUUGCAUGCUGUGUUUAAUACUUGUGCCUCAGUGCCUGCAAAAAUGAAUUAAGUGACCUCAAGGUGUCUGCUUUUAGCAAUAAGAGAUUAUAUAUUUAAGCUGCUGUGUUAGAUUAAAAAUGUCUACUGUCUCUGUGUGAAUUUUAUGAUUUUUAUACAUUUUAUUUUUAGUCAUGAGCGUUUUAUGAUAUAUGAACUAUAUAUUUAAAGUCUUCAAUGUCAACAGAAAGGGGAAGAUUUGACUUUCUCUCAGUGGCCAUGUAGGUUACGAAAUGUCUGCUUUCAACAUCCUCUUGUCAUUGGUCUGGUUUGUGCUGCCUCUAUUAAAGCAGGAGGUCUUUGUUAAA